UUUAUGACCGAUAUUUAUAACACUUUAGUACAAAUAAGAUAUCCAAGAAUUACAACAACUGUAGCUGAAAAUAUAGAAGUAACAGUUCUUAGUGGAGAAAAUCGACUUUUUUUAUUGUCAUGGCUCCUAACUGAAAAGUCUCCAACAAUAUCUGAAAUUGGUAUUUGUAAUGAUGAGAAAUUAUUGCUGGGAAAUUGUCCUUUGGAAAAACAAAUGUCAACUUUAAAAUUAUUAUUGAAUUUUAUCAAGUGUAUAUUUAAUGAAUCCUCUGAUACUGAGUUUAAUGAAAAAGAGACUAUUAAUGAUAUAUUAAAUGUUUAUAUGAAUGAAGAUCCAAAUACAAUAACAUCUAGCAUUGAACCAAAAUUGAAUUACUCUGAAUCUAUGCAAUAUUUUGAUAAUUUGCAAAAAUAUUUAAAUGAAUAUCAGGUUUCAUCUUCUACUUGUGAAUAUAGGGAGGAAAAACAUAUAGAAGAAUAUCUUUCUGAGGUAAUAGGUGAAGAGAGUAAUAGAAUUGAUCAAGAUUUGUUAUUCAAUAAAGAAAAAACAGAAUUCAUAGAAGCAUUUUCAACAAUUGAAUCAUGGCCAGUGAAUAAUACAAAAAAUAUGAAUAAUUUGUAUUCCAUGGAUGCUGACAUCAGUGAUAUAUAUUUUAAUUUUUCUUCUUUAAAACAGUUUCUGCAAGUAAAGGAAGAAAUAUCAAAUGUCAAUGUACCAAAAGAAAUAAAGAAGUUAAACACUGUACUCAGUGAAAUUAUCGAAGAUACCGUUACCCACACUGAGAAAGCGAAAAAUGUGUGUAUGGACACUUACUAG